UCCAAGCGGAAGUGAGGUUGGCGGUCGUGGCUGCGCAACUUCGGUGAGCAGCGCCGGCUGCAGACAGGAAGGUAGGCCGGCGGGUCCGAGGGUGCGUAGAACACUGGGGCAUCGCGACUCAGUCCCGUAUCGGAGCAGGCCUCCGAGGCGCUCGCCCCUCGCAAAGUCCCACCGCCAAGCCCGCCCCGGGCCAGCGAGCGCUGGUCCCCGUGGCCGAGGCCGGCGCAACGAUCGCGGCGUGUUCUUGAAGCCAUGAAUCCUGUUUAUAGCCCUGGUUCUUCUGGGGUUCCCUAUGCAAAUGCCAAAGGAAUUGGUUAUCCAGCUGGUUUCCCGAUGGGCUACGCAGCAGCAGCUCCUGCCUACUCUCCCAGCAUGUACCCUGGAGCAAAUCCUACCUUCCAAACAGGUUACACUCCUGGCACACCUUACAAAGUAUCCUGUUCCCCUACCAGCGGGGCGGUGCCACCAUACUCCUCCUCUCCCAACCCCUACCAGACUGCUGUAUAUCCUGUGCGAAGUGCCUACCCCCAGCAGAGCCCAUAUGCACAGCAAGGCACAUACUACACACAGCCCCUGUAUGCAGCACCCCCUCACGUCAUCCACCACACCACGGUGGUGCAGCCCAACGGCAUGCCAGCGACGGUGUACCCUGCUCCCAUCCCUCCACCGAGAGGCAAUGGGGUCACCAUGGGCAUGGUGGCUGGGACCACUAUGGCCAUGUCAGCAGGUACCCUGCUGACCGCCCACUCCCCAACUCCUGUCACCCCCCACCCAGUCACUGUGCCCACAUAUCGGGCUCCAGGAACACCCACCUACAGCUACGUGCCCCCUCAGUGGUGAUCACCCUGCAAAUGUUUGAGGAUGGAGCUGUGCAGUCACAUCAUGGAUAUUCCACAGCUGGUGCUGCAGGCCUCGUGCCUCCAACCAGGACUUUUCUUCUUAAUGCUCUCGACACUUAGCUAAACACUACUGCAGCCCAGCCCAGCACAUCUCAGCACCAUAAGUCUCCAGCAGACUCUGGGUUGGUCCUAAAGCAAAUCCUCUUUGGGGGCUGCCUGGCAAUUUUUUAGCUACCUGUAAUGAUAAAGAGAGAGUAUUAAUGUAUUCUGAAAUCAUAUCUAGUUGAAUGCAUGUUUAAAAAAACACAAAAACAAAGCUUGCUCAAACUACCUGCACUGACUGAUGCAAAAACCAUCAUAUGCAAAAUCCAAAGGAAUGGAAAAGUAUUUUACAACUUGUAUCACUAAUGCAGUGUUGUAAUGUAUGCAGUCUUAAAAUUGUAAGUGUUAAAGUGAAUUUCUUCAUCGAGCAUCUAGAAUCUCUUAAGUGCUUCUUCAGCCUUUUGGAGUUGAUGUGAGUUGCCAGCUGGAAACACGAAAUUCAAGUUUUUAACCGUCAGUUUCUAUUGCACUGACUGCACUGGGAGGGAGUUGCAGGGUCAGGGAGAGUGUAGGGAGGGCAACAGCUGCUUUGGGUGCUGCCAGGUUAAUGGGCAUCCCUGUCUGUCCAUUUAGGCUUGUGGAGUCAGUGUGAUGUGGACAUUCUUAAAGAUUAUCGUGAAAGAUUUGAAUUCUGUGGCUAGUACAUUUAGGGGCAAGAGGCAGAUUGUCUAUUAAGCAAAGCAGUUUUUUUCUGAAUUGCUAUCUAAAUUUUCAUUACAAAUCUCUUACGAGUAGA